AUGUUUUCUGCUGUGUCAUCACCUCAAGAGCUGUGUGGGAAGCUGCUCAGGGGCUCAGUGGAUGAAAAUAAGAAUGGUUUUUCAGCCAUCAAGGUUGGAAAGGGUGGGAAGCAGGCCAUGUCCAACCUUGGGCUCUGCGACGCCCUGACACAUGAGUUGGGCUUUUCCCGAGUGUUCUGUCAUUCCAAGAAUUCUACAGUAGAGGAGAUCGACGCAGGUGCAAGUCACCGCACCAGCCUAAGGAGUGUCCGGGAACAGCUCGGGGCGGAGAGGGGACGCGCAGAGCACCCGGGGUACAACUCACCAACCCCGAGUCCCUCUCCGCGCCCCCGCUGCCGCGCCAGCCCCUCUAGCCGAGCCGGCUCCUUUGUGGCAGCCCCGCGCCCGCCCUUUCGGGUCUCAGGCUCCGCCUUCUCGGCGCUGGCGAUUGGUCCGCCGUGUCGCCGGUCCCUGAUUGCCUUUCCCACUGACGUUGUCUUUCUGGCUUUCAUUGCUGUAGGACUGACACAGAUCCCUCAGAUCCAAAAGACUGAAAUUUCCUUCCGUCCUAAUGACCCCAAGAGCUACGAGGCCUAUGUGCUAAACAUCGUCAGGUUCCUGGAGAAGUACAAAGACUCGGCCCAGAAGGAUGACAUGAUUUUCGAGGACUGUGGCAGUAUGCCCAGCGAACCCAAGGAACGGGGAGAACUUAAUCACGAGCGGGGAGAACGAAAGGUGUGCAGGUUCAAGCUCGACUGGCUGGGGAACUGCUCUGGACUCAAUGAUGAAUCUUUCGGCUACAAAGAGGGCAAACCCUGCGUCAUCAUCAAGCUCAACCGAGUCGUGGGCUUCAAACCUAAGCCUCCCAAGAAUGAGUCCUUGGAGACUUACCCAGCGGUCAAGUAUAAUCCAAAUGUCCUACCUGUUCAGUGUACUGGCAAGAGAGAUGAAGACAAGGAUAAAGUCGGAAACAUAGAUUACUUCGGAAUGGGUGGAUUCUAUGGCUUCCCUCUGCAGUAUUAUCCCUACUAUGGCAAACUCCUGCAGCCCAAGUAUCUGCAGCCCCUGCUGGCUGUACAGUUCACCAACCUCACCUUGGACACUGAGAUUCGCAUUGAGUGUAAGGCAUAUGGUGAGAACAUUGGGUACAGCGAGAAAGACCGUUUUCAGGGACGCUUUGAGGUAAAAAUUUUAAUUAAGAGCUGAUCACGAGCACAAAUCUUUCCCACUAGCCAUUUAAUAAGUUAAAAAAAAGAUACACAAACCUACUAGUCUUGAACAAACUGUCAUACGUAUGGGACCUACACUUAAUCUCUAUGCUUUACACUAGCUUCCGCAUUUAAUAGGUUAGAAUGUAAAUUUAAAGUGUAGCAAUAGCAACAAAAUAUUUAUUCUACUGUAAAUGACAAAAGAAAAAUAAAAAUUGAGCCUUGGGACGUGCCCAUUUUUACUGUAAAUUAGAUUCCAUAACUGACUUGUAGUGAGCAGUGCUCUGGCCCCUAAGUAUUGCCGCCUUGUCUAUUUUAUUUAGUGUACAGUACUAUAGGUGCGCACUCUGGUCAUUUUUCAAGCCAUGUUUUAUCAUAUGUUUUCUACUUUACGUGAGCAAGGUUUGCUGUCCAAGGUGUAAAUAUUCAAUGGGAAUAAAACUGGCAUGGUACUUUUCCCUUUUCUUUCUUAUUUUUUUUUUUUUUUUUGGCUCUGAAAUUUCAAAGAUAAUGGCCCAUCAAUGAGCAUUUUUAACACACUCCAUAGUCUUUUUCCUGUGGUAUCAGGUCUUUAUUUUUAUCUUUAUUUCCUGGGGCUGGGGGUGGGGUGGGCUGUCAUGGGGGAACUGCCCUUUAAAUUUUAAGUGACACUACAGAAAACACAAAGGUGAUGGGUUGUGUUGUGCUCCGUGCUGAAUGCUGUCUGCCAUCUUUCCCUGUCCUCCAGUGUGUUCCGAAGCUGUGUCUGUAUCUGGAUCUGCCCAUCACUUUGGCUAGUGAUGGGGCUCAUUCAUUUGCUUUGUACGUUUUCUUUUCCUUCUUUCCUUUCUCUGGAGGCAUCAUGUGCUGGUGCUGUGUCUUUAUGAAUGUUUUAACCAUUUUCAUGGUGGAAGAAUUUUAUAUUUAUGCAGUUGUACAAUUUUAUUUUUUUCUGCAAGAAAAAGUGUAAUGUAUGAAAUAAACCAAAGUCACUUGUUUGAAAAUAAAAUCUUUAUUUUGAACUUUAUAAAAAGCAAUGCAGUACCCCAUAGACUGGUGUUAAAUGUUGUCCACAGUGCAAACCCAUGUUCUAACAUAUGUAAUAAUUGCCAGGAGUACAGUGCUCUUGUUGAUCUUGUGUCGGUCAGGUUAAAACAACGGACAAUAAAAGAAUGAACACAUUC